AGAGAAGCUACCUUUUAGAGCUGAGACAUUUUGGUGGUGGGGAGCUGAGGAAGAAAGAUCCCUAGGAUGUCUGGCUAAUGUGACUUCUCUUCUGGACCCUAAGUCAGACAGCAGUCAUCAAACACCUGGCGAGUCCAUCGUAACCAUUCUGUGCCUCUGAUCUAUCAAUCACCAGCACGAGAUUGACAAGCGGAGAAUGGGGCUUUGGGUUUUGGCAGUUCUGACAGUUUCCAUGUAUUCCUCAGUAACCAAGAGCAGUAAACCAGUCUGGGGUCUGGAGGAUGAGGCUUUAAUUGUGAGAUGCCCCCAAGGCGGAGGCCCGCUUGAUCAUGUGGAAUGGUUUAACUCAAGUACAAAUGAGAGUAUUUCUACUCAGAAAAGCAAUGGGAUCGUUGUCUCCAGAGACCGCCUGAAGUUUCUACCAGCCAGAGUGACUCACUCUGGGAUCUAUGCUUGCGUGGUCAGAAGCCCCGACUUUAAUAUGACUGAAUACAUGAAUGUUACCAUACAUAGAAAGAUAACAGGCUGCAACGUUCCCGAUCAUUUGAUGUACAAAACAGUAAGUGGAUCAGAAAAGAACUCCAAGAUAACUUGUCCAACAAUCUCCUACUAUAAUUGGACAGCGCCUGUACAGUGGUUUAAGAACUGCGAAGCUCUUCAAGAACCAAAGUACAAAGCACACAGAGCAUACUUGUUCAUUAAUAACGUGGGGCGAGACGAUGAAGGGGACUACACGUGUAAAUUCACGCACACGGAGAACGGGACCAGUUACAACGUGACGGCAACCCGGUCAUUCACGGUCCAAGAAAAAAGCUUUUCUGUGUUUCCAGUAAUUAAAUUCCCUCCACACAACAAAACCAUUGAAGUAGAAAUAGGAAAACCGGUGAAUAUCACCUGCUUAGCUUGCCUUGGAAAAGGCUCUCAGUUCUUGGCUAAAGUCCUGUGGCGGAUUAAUGAAAAGAAUGUUGAAAAGUAUGACAAAGCAAGAUUUCAAGAGGAGAAAGAACAAAAU